GCCUUUCACGCCGGCAGUCGCGUGCUGUGUGUCCGUGUAGUGUAGUGUUUGUGACGGGUUCUGUAUAGAGGUGUAGAAUAGAGAAAUGAUCUACUCAACAAAAAAGAUGAUGCUGUCCUGCUUAGUCGCCAGCUGUAUGCUGAGUAUGGCGCUGGCAGCCAACGAGUACCUCCCCCCCAGCAAGGGGUACAACUACGACGUACCCAAAAUACCUUUCCCCACCAGAACCCCCCCUCCCCCGCCGAUCAGGACCACCCCGCCGCCGACGAGACCCAACACCUACGUACCGCCGCCACCUCCGCCGCCAGAUCAUCCCCACACCGAUGAACACGAUCACCACCACCACCACGAGCCCGGCAUGCCGUUCGACUUCGCCUACGCCGUCAACGAAGACGGCAACGACUACAGUCACAACGCCAAGUCGGACGGUGACGUCACACGCGGCGAGUACCGGAUCGCGCUGCCCGACGGUCGCACGCAGAUCGUGAGGUACACCGCAGACUGGAAGAAUGGAUUCAAUGCUGAGGUGACCUACGAAGGCGAAGCCAGAUAUCCCGACCAGCCCACCCAAGGAGGCGGCUACCCGUCGGGACCCGGACAACCAUACAUCCCACCUAACCAAGGCGAAGGCUACCAUUAUUAGAAUUUAGAAACCUUAAAACAUGACCAAGAAAUGCCACUUAGAAUAAUUAAAUGUGAUUUAUUUUUAUGCUGCAGAAUAUUAUUUCAAAAAUGUAAAUUAUUGAGAAUGUUUUUCACCAAUCGUUGAUCCAUCCACCAACAGAUGGCGCUAACAGUAAUCAUUUCAUUAUCAUACAGACUAAUAUAAUUGACCAUAAUUUGUGCCUUUUAUUAACAGAUGGCGCUACUUAGUAGUAUAUAAAUCCCAACAUGAAAAUGUGAAUAUUCAUGAAUAAGAUCAUACAUCUUUGUAAAGUAAAAAAAAUACUUUCAUGUAAACAUCAAAUGUGCCUACUAUUAAGUUAUUUUAAUUGGUAAAUAUAAAAUAGUAAUAAUAUUAAGUCUUACUUAAGCAAUUUAAUUAUAUAUGUAGGCUUCAACAGAGUUACCAAAUUACCAAAAUCAAGAUUAUCAUAGCAAAAGAAAAACAAUUUUUUUAAUGAUUUUAUUUUUUUAUUUAGGGUUCAAUUUUACUAUAGGUACUGUACCUAAGUAUAAAAAUAAAACUUAAAACUACAUUGUGUAUACAUAGAAAUAAAAAACUUGCUACAAAAAUUUAAAAAUGAAAUUAAGAGUUGAUCAAUCUGCAUAGGCGGCCGGGUGGGCCGCGCCCACCCUAGUAUGGACCUGUGCCUACUCUAGGAAAAUCCUAGAGUAGGCGAGCGAUAUGGAAUUAUUUUAUGAUACUAAUAAUAAUAGACUUGAUGUGCGGGGGCCAGGCCCACCCUAGCAAAAAAUCAUAGAUACACCAAUGCCAAUCUGUGACGUAUUUUCUAUGGUUGACAAAAUACAUAUAUAACUUGGGCAACCAUAAAAAAAGGCGCCCAAGAGUCUGCCCGUCAUGACCCCUUUUAAUAUAUUUAUUUCCAUAUCAAAUAAAUUCAGUAGCUUUAUUAUCACGAACUAUUUUAAAAAAAUACUUUUAUUGGCAAUAUUUUAUAUAGCUAUAUGUAAAUAUAGCAAUAUAAAAAAACAAUCAUCUACACUAAUGAACAAUAAUAAUAGAAUUCUGUAUUUAUAAGACAGAUUUUUCAUUAUUUUCUUCAGACAUUUUUCAAUAUUAAAUAUUAAUGGUUAAUGAUACUGUUAAGUAAUUGUAAAAUACUCAUUUUUCACUGCCUUUAAGUGUAUAUUUAUUGUAUAGUUGUAUUAUUAAUAACAUACUGAGGUAACUAAUCGUAAAUCUUACUAUGGAUAUUUAUUGGAAUGUGAAACAAAAAUAGUUUCCCUUUGUACCUUCUUGCCUCUUUUUUAUAAAUACACCUUUUUAUAUAAAACAAA